CUCAAUGUGUUUCCCAUGCAGUUGUCCUCUUCAACUUCCAACACCCACUGACACAUUCUCUCACUCAUCUUUCUAUCUCUAUCUCUCUCUCACUUGAUAGUUUUCAUCUCGCAAACUCAACUGAAACAAAACCUUUCUAAAUACCUACCUACCUAGCUUCCUUUUCUUACUCUGACAAAUUCGCUUCCUAUUCCUCCCCUUUCUGAGCCACCCCAAGAACUAGUAGUAGCUGCCUAGCUAGCUUAGUAGUUAGUAGUUGAGCUUAGUUAGUACUACUUUUCACUUCUCACUUCUCAGGCACUCCUUAUCUAUAUAUCUAGCAUCACCUAUUUCUGACACACCUACUCUUUCAUUAACAAUGUCUACCAGAAGAUCUCGUUCCAGACAAACGCCAGUUUCCACUCAGAUCACUGAUGCUCAGAUCACUGAUCUCGUUUCCAAGUUACAGGACCUUAUACCUCAGCUUCGCGCAAGACGUUCCGACAAGGUUUCGGCUUCUAAGGUGUUGCAGGAGACUUGCAACUACAUAAAAAGUUUGCACAGAGAGGUUGAUGACUUAAGUGACCGGUUGUCACAACUUUUGGCCACCACAGACUCCAACAGUGCCCAAGCAGCCAUUAUUAGGAGCUUACUUAUGUAAUAAUUAAUAUUCUAAUACUUAUCAUACACCUUUAAUCUUAUAUGUCCAUCUUAGUUUUGGUUAUUGUCUGCGUAGGGUUUGGUUUUUUAGACCAUGGGCUCCAUCUUCGCCCUUACCUAGUUUCAUCAGACACUUUGUAUUGACUAUCAUCAAAUUCUAUUACUAAUAUAAAUAAAAUGAACUUGCAUAUUCACGAGCUAUAUCAUUUACUUCCAAAAUGUGCAUAUAUGAAGGAUGACAUUUAUGUAUAUUUUUCAAAUUCGGAGGCUGCAACAUGCUUUAGUUUGAACUUAGCAAUGUAUCUUAAUAGAGAAACUCAGCGGUUUGGAGUGGACCCAAUUAAAGGGUGAAUUUUGAACCUGACCUAUUACAUGUGACAUUGCCCCCACACCAUUUUCGGUUAUUUCUUCUGGCCAACCCGUGAUAUUAGUGUUGGACCACUGUAUACAAUGAAUCAUUCAUCAUCCACCUUUAUCA